UUUUGGCUGCCACUUGACGAUGGCUUUCAAUUACCGAGAGACUUUUGCAAUUUAACGCUUGGUGAACAAUUAAUAAUAUUCGAGGAAGUUGUAGAGGAAUCGAAAUCUCAAAUAAUUCGUAGAUGAAUGUUAUACUUUUAAUUAUUGGUAUUUUGAUUUCGUUCCUGAGUUAUAAUGAAGCUAUUCUCACAACUAGAUACGGAAAGAAGAAUAUAAACAGUGGAGAAAUAAGACCAAGGAGUAUCAACAAUGUACCAUCCUUCUUCGUAGGACCAAGGUACGGCAAAAGGAUGGCGUGGUCUCCUGGUGAGAAUGAACUAUCAUCGCCACUUCCUUGUACAACCUUCGAGGAUUUAAGCUGUGAUUACACCGGGAUUUCUGAUUACUAUCGCUGUUAUUUGCGGAGAGACCAGGAUGAGGAAGACAAUUUUUCCGAUUCGAACUGAUAGUAGAAAAACUCACACAUCCGUUCAUAAUAAAAUGUAAUUUUUCCGAAAACUGGAGCUCGACCAAGGCUGGAAGUCAAGCUACAGCAUUUCUUGUUUCUAGACAAUUAUAUAAUGUAAAAUACAAUGAUUAGCUAUAUUCCUUUGUGUCUCUAUGUGCAUUAAAUUUAUCAUUUCGA